AUGACGUGGGCCCGGCGCGGUGAUGAAAUUCCAGAAGCAGCAUGCUUUCCAGGCCAUCCUGGACUGCGCCUAGCGCCUGAACCUUGGGAGCUGGCCGAUUUAGUCACUUUGCCAUACAGCUGCCCGGCGAAUGAGUUGUUUCAGGGACCGGGCACGGCUGUCAUGCGCAAGGGUCUAGAUGGAAGCGGAUCCGGUGAUAAGAGCGCUGAGGAGACUCUUCGGCGACGCCAUCACGGCUGCGGAGCGUUGGGCUACAUGAUAUCCGUAGAUAGACUGUCGAGUGGUGGAGUGAAGCUAUACCAAGGCACCCUGGGGAAAUCUCGGAAGACUACCACGGGAGGUUGCCAGCCAAACCCCACCGACCAUCUGCCCCUGAUAGGGCCAGUGCGGAUGGUCUACGUAACAGAGUCU